UGCUGAUUUCUUUUUCUCUCUCUUUUUUGUUAAUUUAUUUAUUUUUAUUGGUUAUACUGUUCCAAAUUUGAAAUCCAAGGAAGUUUCAUAAUCAAAAUUUCAAUGUAUAUAUGGGCGAGCAAUGGUAGAGGGCCACAAAAAGUGUGGCUCAAAUGGCUCAAAACUAUCAAAACGACGACGUUUUAAGCGUAAAACGACACAAAACGACAUCGUUUUAACAAUUUUGAGCCAUUUAAAUCACACUUUUUGUGGCCUUCAAACAUUUUCAUACACACACUAACACAAGGACACACAGCAAUGAGUACAAAACUUUCCUCUUUAGCGUGGUUUCAGUCUGACUCUAGUUUUUUACACAAGAUUUCAGUGUUGCUUUUUACUUUAAAAAUUAAAUAAAUGAUCAUGUGAGAUUCUGAGAUUCAAAUUUCACUGGUUUUUGCAUUUUUUGUGUUUCAUUGCUUGACUACUGUUUACACUCCAAGUAACUUCAAGGAGCUCAAAAUUGAUAGGAAAAGAAGACACAGAUCUGGAGACUGUGCUUGGAAUUUAUGCCUUUUGAUUGAAAACUUGCAUUUAACUCCUCAGGAGUGUAAAAGGAAAAUUUCCUUGAGAGCUCUCUACUACAAAACAAGUUUGAGAAUGGGAUUCCUUGACCUGUUUAUCGUGGCGUUGAUGCCAGUUCUAAAAACAUUGAUCAUUACCGCUAUUGGCCUGUUCCUUGCAAUAGAUCCAGUCAAUCUUUUGGGUCCGGUCGCAAGGCAACAUUUGAAUCAACUGGUAUUUUACGUUUUCACCCCUGCACUUGUUGCUAGCAAUCUAGCCGAUACAAUUACAUCAAGCAAUAUAGUUUCUUUGUGGUUCAUGCCGGUGAAUAUCCUUCUCACAUUCAUUCUUGGUUCAGCGCUUGGAUGGGUACUUGUAAAAAUCACCAGAACUCCAAAACAUUUGUAUGGCCUUGUAAUCGGUUGUUGCGCCGCAGGAAAUUUGGGGAACUUGCUUCUCAUCAUCAUCCCUGCAGUUUGCGACGAAAGUAAUAGCCCAUUUGGGGAUUCAUCAACGUGUUCCACAAAUGGAGAGGCCUAUGCAUCCCUCUCUAUGGCGAUAGGAGCUGUUUAUAUUUGGACUUACAUAUAUAACAUCAUACGGAUGUCUGGAAGUAAAAGCAAUGAAGAAGUCAAUGCAAAUGGUUCCAGAACGAGUGGAAAGUCUCGGGGAGAAACCUCAGAGAACACACAAGCAUUGCUUUCAACGGAUUAUUCAAGCUCAGAGGACUAUGAAUCUCAUGUUGAAAUAGCUCCCAUUGGAUCCGAGGAAAAAGUGAAAGUUUUUGGGAAGAUUAAGAAGAAUGUGAAUACUUUUGCGGAAAAGGUCAACUUGAAGAUGGUGCUUGCACCGUCCACCAUUGCAACGAUUGUUGGGCUAUUGAUUGGAGUGAUCACUCCAAUAAGGAAAAUUAUAAUUGGUGAUAGUGCUCCACUCCGCGUGAUUGAGAGUUCUGCAUCUUAUUUGGCGGAGGCGGCAAUCCCAUCCAUGACCCUGAUCGUGGGUGCCAACCUUCUCAAGGGUUUGAAAAAAUCUGGAGUAGGAAUUUGGGUUAUUAUAGGGGUCAAUGUAGUUCGGUAUAUUGCGUUGCCUCUAUUGGGUAUUCUUGUUAUUAAAGGUGCACGAUAUUUGGGCUUUGUGGGAUCAAAUUCGUUAUACGAGUUUGUUCUUUUGAUUCAGUAUGCGCUUCCAUCCGCAAUGACUAUAGGUACAAUCACCCAACUGUUUGAGGUUGGAGAGAGUGAAUGCUCUGUUAUUAUGCUAUGGAAUUAUGCGGUGGCUGCAAUUGCCCUUACAUUAUGGGCUACCUAUUACAUGUGGCUUGUGUCUUGAAAUUUUUUUGUUGUUCUUUAUUUAUUAUUUAUUAUUAUUAUUAUUUAUUUUUUUUGUCUUUCUGGCAAUACAAAGAUGAGUGUGUGGGUACUUCCAUCAAAUUGAUAUAUAUUGCGAGUUGAGAAAAAACAUGUAUUUUUUUUUUAUUUUUCCUUGUAUAUUUUGUUUUUAUUUUGAGAAAUGGGCAUUUAAGAUUGUAAUGUCGAUUUGGUGUGUUGUAAUUCAUCGGAUUGAAGUAUUGGCAUAAUGUCAUACUAGAGGUUUGUUUACAUUCAAA